AUGGUUCCUGAACCAACAAAGCCUAGCCACUCUUCCUCCUCUGACGGUGACAAGCAUAAACAACUUGAUCGAGAGGUCAGAGACAUGGUGAAUGCAAUAACAUCUCGUGUUGGGGAUCUUCACAAAACAGGUGGAUCCCAACAGGCGGAGCAGGACGAAAAUGGCGUAAGAAUCAUCACGCUUGCUGGAACAAACACAGGAGCAACAAUGCGAACCGAGUUGGAUGAAAAAGUACCAAAUAAUGCUCCCCAAGGAGGCGUUUCAGCAGGUGAGCCUGACUUAUUGGAUACCUACGUCAACAGCAAUUUCCAAGCUGUGAACAAUUCUAUCAUGCUCGGUAGCAGCUAUAACACCAAUGACCCUGGUGUUCAUUUGGACAUCUCCGAUGUUUUUGACCACCGUGGCCAUAAACCAAAUAAGCAUGCAAAGAAGGGUAAGAAAAAGGACAAGGAAGCCUUGAAAUCUGACCAGCAAACCGAACGUUCUGAUUGA